GAGGAAACGGGCUGGUGUGCCCUGGAAGUGAUUCUUCCCCCAAAACACAAGGUAAAGCAUCGGAAACUGCACGUGGGUCCUGCCCUCUUCAUCCUUCAUUAAAUCAUACAUUCUCUCCAGGAAUAUAGCCAUAAAUAUUUAAUUCCUCAAGCAGGAUAAAAUGUUUCUAGAUGUUAAUACUUGAUUAAAUCUCCAAAGGGAAGUUAUUUUGUUAAAUAAUCAUUUGAGAAUUGAAUCUUACCUGAUUUAGCGUCAGAAAACAUCAACAGGACGUUUUGAAGACCAUGUUUAUGCCUGUCUUGAUUUCUAUUUGAAAUGUAAUUAAAUUAUACAGAAUAAUUUUAUAUGCCUUCCCCAUUUAAUCAUCAUCCUCUCAAUACUUUUGUUUGAUUAAUAGCCUAACUAUUAUUUUAUUUUUAUUUUUUUUGUCUUUGUUUUUGCUUAUUAAACUGUUGUCCACUUGUAAAUAUCUGAUGGUCACUGCAACACAAACAUCUGGUCUUCUUUUUUUUUUUUUUAGGAAAAUAUAUAUUUUAAUGUCAGGACAGAAAACCUCAACAGGACUUUGAUAAAGAUUUUGAAGAUCAUUUAAAGUUUAUUUACUUAUGUAUUUCUAAUUGAUUACAUGUUUUUAAAUCUAUAUUUUAGACUGAAAGAACACUGUAAAUAUACAGUGACUCCAAUGGUCAUUUUUAAUUUUAUUUUACAUUUGCAAACCAUAAAACAUAAACAAUAGCCUAAAUAAGAACAAUACUUCAGUAGGCUAAACCUGCUAAAAUAAUAAUAAUAAUAAAAAAUAGUAGCCUAUUUGUAUAAAUGAUACACUGUAAAAUGUUUCCAUCUAUUUAACUUGUCACAAAUAAUUUCUGUCGUUUCCACUAGGUUUUACAAGUUGUGUCAACUUAAUUUGUAAUUACAUUUUAAAAAAUUCUAAAAGUGCAAUAAAUUAUCACUGCAUUUUGUUACUACUUUGAUUGUAUUCAAAUAAAAAAAUACAUUUAAAAAAAUAAUUAUAGCUACAGUGUAAAAAAUCCAAUCAAAAUUUAGAAAAACGUCUAAACACCUUCAUGACACUUCCUCCACACUUCCUUAUGUCAACACAUUCGAUCAAUCAUUUAGGCUAAUCCAGCUUUUAAUUACUUAAGACUAUUGCUUAAAUAGAGAUUUAUCAACCAAAAAAAAAAGAAAAUGUGUAUCGCAUUACAACAGCGCGUCGUCCUGUAUAAAAUAAAGAGCUUGUUGACUUAGUCACCUUGCAUUAAACAUGCCUGCAUUAAAUAAUUGAAAAACACUAUCGGCUGUCUCAAUCCUUUUACUUUCGAUACACAUUCAGCCUCAUCAGUCCCGCCGCUAUCCACCAUUAAUCAUAACGGUGUGUAAACUACAACCCCAAAAACACACAACACACACACACACACGCGCGCGCGCACACAACAGUUUACCAGCCCCUGUGAAAAGUUUGUGAAAGUGGCCUGACGUCACACUCCCACAAUGCUCGCGCGCCCCAUAACUCUGCUGCUGCAGCCUGAGGAGCGCGAGACACUCAGGCCCCGAAAAAAGAAAAAUUAGAGAAAAAAUUGGAAAAAAUAAUAAAACAACAGAUCAAGAGGAGAAAGACCGGGGACGGUGGCGUGGGGCUCCCACGGGUGAAGAUGAGGACUAUUGUCGCCUACUCGUCCCCAGUCAUGGCAGGUGGGACUGGAUGAGAGUGUGAAGGUAAACGAAAAAGACUGAAAAAGCACUUACAAUUCUUUUGGGAGACAUAAAAAAGGAUAGCAGACAGUUUAAGAGCCUGAAUCCCCUUAAAUACCACCGUGACAUCGAACCAGAGCCUGGAAGGCAGGGCAGCCACGGCCGAGUUUCAAUGGCAACGGCACCCUAGGGCUGCCAUGGCAGCAGCUGCCGCCGAUGCCCCACACCACAUUGCCACACUGACGCUGGAGGACGAGGAUCGACGAGGCGCCACCAAAGUGUUUGGAGGUCCCGCUGCAGGGAGGACGGAAAGAGAGACAGAGAGCGAGAGGGAGAGGGAAGGGAGAGGCAGUGGGAGCGAGUGUUUGGUGUGCGGUGCCCUCUUCAGCUCACAGGAUAAGCUCCGGCUUCACUCGUUCUGUCACGCAGGAGAGAAACCUUUCCACUGUUCCCAGCCCCAUUGUCCUAAGGCUUUCAGCUCCAAAUAUAAGCUCUUUAGGCAUAUGGCCACACACUCCCCACAGAAGACUCACCAGUGCUCGUUUUGUGAAAAGAUGUUUCACCGCAAAGAUCACCUGAAAAACCACCUGCAGACUCACGACCCCAACAAAGAGGCCUUUAAGUGCGAGGAGUGUGGCAAACACUAUAACACAAAGCUGGGCUACAAGCGCCACAUGGCUAUGCACUCAGCCACAGCCGGUGAUCUUACCUGUAAGGUGUGCUUGCAAAGCUACGAGAGCACGCCUGCACUCUUGGAGCACCUCAAGAGCCACUCAGGCAAGUCUUCAGGUGGAGCCAAGGAGAAGAAACAUCCCUGUGACCACUGUGAUCGUCGCUUUUACACACGAAAGGAUGUUCGCCGACACAUGGUGGUACACACGGGACGCAAAGACUUCCUGUGCCAGUACUGUGCCCAACGUUUUGGGCGGAAGGACCAUCUGACGCGACACGUCAAGAAGAGUCACUCGCAGGAGCUGCUGAAGAUCAAGACGGAACCUCCGGAUAUGUUGGGUUUACUUGGGUCUGGUUCUCCACCUUGUGCUGUGAAAGAAGAAAUAAGCCCUAUGAUGUGUAGCAUGGGACCUACCAAGGACUCGAUGAUGGCAAAGCCCUUCCACGGUGCCACCCCUUUUCCCAUGGGCAUGUACAACCCUCAUCAUCUCCAGGCCAUGUCCAAUCCGGGUGUGGGCCACCAUCACUCAUUGGUUCCAGGGACUUUAUCCACUGCAAUGGGGAUGGGCUGCCAUAUGGAACCUCCGUCAUCACUGCACCACCAUCACCCACAUCAUCAUCACCAUCACCACCCUCACCAUCACCACCACUCCCCACCUUCACACCAGCAGCAGCCUCCCCUGCAGAACCAGCAACAGCAGCACCCACAGCCACCGCCCAAGUACCAGCUCGGAUCUACCUCAUACUUGCUGGAGAAGCCCCUGAAGGUGGAGAUGGAGAGCUUCCUGAUGGAUCUUCAGAGUGGACUCCCAGUUCCUCCGCCACCCUCUGCUGACCCUCACUCAGCAGCUUCGCCCAAUAAGGAGGGUUUGGAACCUCCGGUGGGAUUGUCGGAUGACCUUUGCGGGGACCCCCUCAUGUCCAAGAGCCCCGCUGUCAUUGCUGAGUCUUUGUGUGCUGCUAACAUGGACUUUUCUCACCUGCUGGGCUUUAUUCCACUAAAUCUGCCACCCUAUAGCGCCCCCAUGAGUUCAGGAGGACUGGUAAUGGGUUACUCCACCACCUCCACCGUUUCUUCCUCAUCGUCGUCAGCAUCUUCGCAUGCUGCCGAACCACACGCUGCCUCGGCCACAGCUGCAUUGCCUCUUACCUCUUUGCAACCUCAACCUCAGGAGCAGCCAGGCUCCGGUGGGGGGCUCGGUCUUGGGCCUCUGCACCCACUCCCACCAGUGUUCAGCUCUAGCCUCAGUACGACCACACUGCCUCGCUUUCACCAGGCCUUUCAAUGAGGUCCCCACACCAACCUGGCCUGUCACACGGGCUCAGGGCAGAGGAGCAUUAGUGCUCCCCAUAGGUGUGGGUAAACAGAACACUUGAACACAUAGAAGCCUUAACAAAAGCGCACAACAGCUUUUUAAUGAGCCUGGAGGAAAACAAGCAUAUGAAAUAUCAUGGAGCUUUUAUUUAGGCUGUCUGAAUUUAGCUAUGAUUUUUUUUAAACACCCUUUUGAACCUCUCCCACCAUCCCCUGUCCUACAAUUUCGUAGUUAAACAGCAGCAUCAGUAGGCCUUAAGGCAUGGUACUGCAUACUUUAUAAAGUAAUAAUAUUAGUAGAAAAAGGAAAAGAUUAAUGUAGAAAAGAUAAUCAGUCUUUGAGACUCUGAAAGACUAGUUUGAAGUGAUUAUAUGAAUUUUGUUUUCUUUUCCAAAUGUGAGACCUGACUUAAAGUCAGGUAGUAGUUGCUUGCCCUUAAACUAAAACCGUCUUCUUGGCCAGGAGUGGAAGAAUUAGUGAAGGAAUGAAGGAGUGAAAUUGGUUAUUCCAAAUCUAGUUUUUUUUUAUAUAUUUAUAUAUCGCAAAUUUAAGCUUCAACAAGACUCAAUCAAGUAAUUAUCAUCACAAAAUCACAUCUGAAUUUCAAAAGCAGUUUAAAAAAAUAAUGCAGUGUAUGUCAUUAGAUGAAAAUAUCAGCUUUUUUGUGUUAAUACAAAUUUACACAUGUUGGAAUGGUCAGUAACUAGUUUUUAUGUGAGAGAAGGGACUGAAAAUAGAAAGGCAAAGAGGGUAAAAACUGCACAGUUUGUUCAUUUGGUACAAUGUGACCACUGACAGAACUAAAGCAAAAUAAUUUUUACGUUAAAAUCUUACAGGUUUACAAUUUUUCUCAAAAGAAGCACUUUGUUUACAGCAGAAGGCACUUGACCUCUUUGGGUUGCAAGACGACCCACUGAAAUCCCCUCCCUUUUCCCACUCUACCCUCACGCUUCCUGAAAAAGACACAUUACACACACAGACACACAGACACAAAGUUCAAACAACCAUCAAGUACUUUGGAAUACUCAACUGCUCUCUGAGUCUCAAAAUGGUUUUCCUCCUUCCAGCACUAAUUUUAAGUCUCCGUGGCGCAACAAUAUCUCACUUCCAGAUCCUAUAUAUAUUAAGAAAAAAAGUAUUUUAAACAGGUUUUUAUUUUAGAGAGAGACAUACAUUAUGAUAACCCUGAUAUAUGUGAAUGGAAAAAAAGACAAAACAAAAACAAGAAUAUUUUUUUGCAGUGUACGAAGUACCACAUCAAAAAUAUAUAUAUUAUAAUUGCUUCUUUUUCAGUAUAUUUUGUCAUUUAGAUAGCUGUAUUAAAAAUUGCUGAUGGAUUUUAAAAAA